AUUUGAUAAAUUGGAGCUGAUCCGCCCCCGUGUGGUCGAGCUGCAGCUGCAGGCGCGAGUUGUGUGUGUUUACAGUUGCUAGGUAACCUUCAUUCUUAUCCCACCUAAACUGAUAACACGCCACCGAGGACGCUUUCUAUCUUUGACCAGCCCUCGACAUUAGUGAUUAUUUGUCCUUUAAAAUGGCAGACCGGGAGAAAGUGGAUCUGGUCCAUCAAAGCGCCAUUCACGCUGAGACGAUCCGGAAAGAGCAGAGACUCCAGAAACUCCACACGGAGUUCAGCAUCAACCCGUUCAGGAAAUUGCAUGUCCUGCCAGACAAACCCCUGUGCAGCAAACCAAGAGAAGAAAUUCCAGUGGACUCGGAAUUCAUCAAAGCUUUCCACAAGGCCCGCGAGGAACCCACCAAGAAGUAUCCAGCGCCACUCACCGAGAGCCAGGAGAUAGGCUGGCUGUCAACUCAGCUGGUUCCAUCGAACACACGUGACCCAAGAUUCAAUUUCUUCCGGUACACCACGGAUGUUACCAAACACAAAGAGUUUGCCCAAAGGGCUUCAAAUUAAACCACGGAAAGCAGGAAAGGAGAUCUUUUAGAUGUGUUUAUCAUA